CAGCGGAGCAGCAAGAGGGAGAAGGAGAGGCUGAAAACCGGGAAUCGAAGCGCUACCACCACCACCACCACCGUCACCGCUGCGACUACUACUACCGGAGCUAGCCCCGACACUGCUGCUGCCGCCGCCGCCGCCGCCGCCGCCCUGGGUGCCCCCCACCACCGCCAUGGGAACUCCACAUCAGUCGCUCAAACCGCCGCUUCAUCCGUGGGCCAUGUCGUGAUCCGUGGGCUUCGCCAGCGGGUUUUCUAUCCGUGAUCCCGACCGAGGCGAAGAGGAGGGAGAGGAGGAAGGAGGAGGAAGAGGGAGAGAAGGUGGUGGUGGUGGUGGGGAAGAUGUUCGCCUCGGUGGGCCCUCGGGGCGGCCCGCGCCCACCAGUCGCCCCGGCCAUCCCGGAGCCGGACCUGAGCCAUCUGACAGAGGAUGAGAGGAAGAUCAUCAUGGCUGUGCUGGCUCGGCAGCGGGAAGAGGAGGCGAAGGAGGAGGCCAUGUUAAAAGAAGAGAAGCCAAUCCAAGCAAGAACGGUUAAUCUGGUUGGCCAGAAGAAACCUCCGCAGCAAAACGACGUCCGAGGUAUCCAGCAGCAGUUGUCCAGCUACAGGGAGACGGUGAUCCGGCAGGCCUCGGUGGCGGCGAGCUCGGCCGUUCAUCGGGAUGACGCGCCAACCUGCGGCAUCUGCCGCAAGACCAAGUUUGCAGACGGCUGUGGGAGCCUGUGCUCGUACUGCAAGACCAAGUUCUGCGCCCGCUGUGGAGGGAGGGUCUCUCUACGAUCAAAUACGGAGGACAAAGUGGUGAUCUGGGUGUGUAAUAACUGCCGGAAGCAGCAGGACAUCCUGACCAAGCCGGGCGAGUGGUUCACCGGUCCGGCUGGAAAUCCCCUCGGUUCAGCUGUCAGCGAGCCGUCAGUGUGCCAAACGCCAGGUGACAAGAAGCUCCGGUCACGCUCCCAAGCACCCCCGGGAUCCACCCCUGCAAUCCAAGACCCCAACCGACCUGGUGCGCCUGGGACCACACCUGGCACUGAUGCUAGGUCACGUAGUGAACCACCGAGAGACACGAGAAAUGGGAAGGGAGUUGGUCGAGGAGAGCGCCGUCAGCCCAGACUGCAGACCCAGGUCUCCAUGGACCGGGACCUCAGGGGGGAGUCCAGGGAGCGCAGGGAAGGUCGGCGGCUGUCAAAGGGACGCUCUCUGGAGCAUGAUCCUGUGGGAAGACGGACAGAAGAGGGGGGCUACCAUAACAUGGACCACAGUGGUGCCCCCCCUCGCCAAGCAGGGCCGGUCCCUCCUGGAGGCCGGGGCCACCCUGUGCCCACACAGGGUCGGGGCAUGUCUGUAGUAGGGGAGGUAGGGGACGGCGUGCGGCCUGGUCAAAGGACGGUGGGUGGGGUUGGCGGGCCACAUGAACACAACAUUGCUCAGCAAGCCCCUCCUCCUGAACUUAGAGAGCCCCAAAGUAUAGGCCCUGGCUUAGCGCCUGGCCAGGGACCUGUAGCUAGACGGACCAAAAGGGAGAAGGCUGAGAGCAUGCUGCGGAAUGAUUCACUGAGCUCUGACCAAUCAGAAUCUCUGCGUCCGCCACCGCCGAGGCCCUACAAGUCGAAGCGGGGUCUGGGGGCCGGAGGGAAGAGGCAGACCAGCGUCAGCAGCUCAGAGGAGGAGGGAGGUACCACGCCCGAGUACAGCAGCUGUGAAGAUGCUGAGAUCGAAAGUGUCAGCGAAAGAGGUGACUGGGAGUGCUACCCUCAUGACCCCACUGUAUGGCAUCAUCCUGUAACCUGGCAACCAUCCAAGGAAGGUGACCAUCUAAUCGGGAGAAUCACCCUCAGCAAGAGGAGUGCCACCAUGCCUAAAGAAGCCGGAGCUCUGCUGGGGUUAAAGGUGGUGGGAGGCAGAAUAACAGAGUCAGGGAGAUUAGGUGCCUUCAUCACUAAAGUCAAGAAGGGAAGCCUGGCUGACGUGGUGGGACAUCUCAGAGCAGGGGAUGAAGUUUUGCAGUGGAAUGGGAAGCUGUUACCAGGGGCAACGAUGAAGGAAGUUUACAACAUCAUCCUGGAGUCUCAAGCUGAGCCCCAAGUGGAGCUGGUGGUAUCCAGGCCUAUUGGGGUGUAUAGAAAAUAUCAUGAUAUCCCAAGAAUCCCAGACACGUCCCACCCUCCAUUAGAAUCUACAGGUUCCAGUUCUUUUGAAUCCCAGAAGAUGGAGAGACCAUCCUUAAAUGUCCUGUCUCCCUCCAGUCCCGGGAUGCUCCAAGACGCUCCCCAGUUAAUGCCGGGGCAGCUCUCAGUGAAGCUUUGGUACGACAAAGUGGGUCAUCAGCUAAUCGUCAACGUGAUGCAGGCUGUGGAUCUUUGUCUUCGCCCUGAUGGACGGCCCAGAAGCCCCUACGUCAAAAUGUACUUUCUCCCUGACCGCAGUGAUAAGAGCAAACGAAGAACAAAAACAAUGAAGAAGACGUGCGAGCCCAAGUGGAACCAGACGUUUGUCUACAGUCACGUCCAUCGGAGGGAUUUCCGCAACCACAUGCUGGAGCUAACGAUAUGGGACCAACCCAGGUCACCAGAGGAAGACAGCAUCUUUAUGGGAGAGCAGAUCCUAAUAGAGCUGGAGACGGCCUUACUGGAUGACAAGCCUCACUGGUAUCCACUCCAAACGCACGAUGUCUCAUCCAUACCGCUGCCCCGCCCCUCCCCGUAUCUACCCCGACGAAACACAGACACCCCCGGCAAGAAGCUGCAGCGUUCUCAGCGUGUAACAGAGCCUGAAUUUGAUGAGGGUACAGCAGUAAUGUCUAAAGCAGCAGACGGGCGAGGCAGGGAGAGGCAGCGGGAGCCCUCGUCUACCCUGGAAGUGCCGGACCAGCAGAGGACGCCUGCCCAUCACAUACGUUCCCGCUCAGUCUCCCCGCACCGAGAGGAGCAGGGGCGAAUCAGGUCACGGCCGCCCAACGUUCCCACUCAGAGGAGUCUGGAUGAUGAGCUUCCCUACACUCGUCGUUCUCGCUCUCCAACCCGUUACCACGAUGUUCCCCGAGGUCGCCACCAGGAGGAGUACCUGGAUGACAGUGAGGUCAUCAUGAUCCACCAAUCAAUGCGAGGCAAAAGUGCUGAGUGCCUCCACACCAGGAGACCUGCUAAGCACUGUAAUACACUGCCACCUAAGAUGCCACUUUUAUUCAACGGUAUCCACAAACACAAAAGCAGUGAUCUGCAGCCUUCUCUGGACAGGGUUAGGAGCGCUAGCACCAACUGUCUGACCCCAGACAAUCAUGCCCCCUCACCAGAGACUGAAAGAAAACCUUUGUCCCAUUCCCUGCCCCGGAGACGUCCUGCAAGUCCCAGGAUUCUUAUCCAACAUGCUUCCCCUGAAGAUGACAGGCAGCCUCGGACCCUGGAAACACCUGAAUGUCAGACUCAUGGCAGGAAGCUGUCUAACAGUAGCAGGGGCCACCUCCAAGGUGGUUCGUCUCUUUCCUCCUCAGUGACCUCCUCCUCAGCCCGCAGAGUACGACAACUCCCUCAGCUUCCCCCUCAGAGCAGCACCGCAGAACAAGCCCUGGUAGCAGAGGAGUGUGUUCGUCAGCUCCAGAUGAGGGUUCAUUCCAACCGGGUGUCAGCUGCCUCCACCUCCAGCCAACAGGACCUGGACCGAGCCCUCAAGAACAAACGGGAGCUCGACAAGGACCGCAGGCGGAGCAGUGAAAAUGUUUCCCAUAAGUCCUCAGACAGUGAUGUCAGCGACGUGUCAGCCAUCUCCAGCAGUGCCUCUCGCAUCAGUAGCACCAGCUACAUGUCCAUCCAGUCAGAGAGACCCCGGGGACGCUUCAGCAGGGCCAUGCGUGCAUCAGGCCGCCACAUGAUGAAGAGUACCAGCGUGAGCGGUGAGAUCUACGGCAUGGAGCACGCCGACGGUAGCCAAUCUGACACGGCCCUCGGUAGCCUGGGAAGCGGGAUCAAGAAGCGUCGCUCGAGCCUCAGCCAACGUGUUGUAGCCAUUCUUCCAUCCAGACGCAGCCGGAGUACCUCGCAACUCAGCCAGACAGAGGCGGCGGGUAAGGCGGCGAACAGACAGAAAGAGACGACAACAGGAAAGAAGGGUAGUAAGGGCGGCAGCAGCAGCAUCCAGCGGAGCGUGGAGACGGGCAUGGCCGUGGAGUAUCCGCGGGGAGGGUCAGGCAUGAACCGACAGGCCAGCAGAGAGUCCACUGACGGCAGUAUGAACAGCUACAGCUCUGAGGGGAAUUUGAUCUUCUCAGGUAUGCGGUUAGGUGCUGACAGUCAGUUCAGUGACUUCCUGGAUGGUUUAGGCCCCGGUCAACUGGUUGGCAGGCAAACACUAGCAACACCUGCAAUGGGCGAUGUUCAGAUCGGUUUGAUGGACAAGAAAGGCCAGCUGGAGGUGGAGGUGAUCAGGGCACGCGGCCUUACUCAAAAACCAGGCUCCAAAUCCCUCCCAGCCCCCUAUGUCAAGGUGUACCUGCUGGAUAAUGGAUCCUGUAAAGCCAAAAAGAAAACCAAGAUUGCACGAAAGACCCUGGAGCCGCUUUACCAGCAGCACCUGCUCUUUGAGGAGAGUCCCCAGGGCAAGGUGCUUCAGGUGAUAGUUUGGGGCGAUUAUGGACGAUUGGACCACAAAUGUUUUAUGGGUGUAGCACAGAUUCUAUUGGAGGACCUGGACCUCUCGAGCACGGUGAUUGGCUGGUACAAACUGUUUCCACCAUCCUCAUUGGUGGACCCUACAUUAGCUCCGCUCACGCGGCUGGCGUCUCAGACGUCAUUGGACAGCUCAGGACCACCACCGGGCGUUCGGUCCUAGUGACCGAAUGGCGACCACAACCCCCACCCCAAAUAACCCUUAACUGACAAAACAAUGGACCACAGCUACUGGACCAGAACUGAGCAGAGGGCGAGAUCACGUCCUGAGGACGACAACAAGAAGCCUUCGGUCAACAAAUGAAAAGCCAGACGGAGCGACAGGGAAUGCAAGAGAGAAAGAGAGUGAGGGAGAGACAGAACUAGCCAAUCAAAGCUUAGCUGGAGUCUGACAAUCAUGUCUCACACCUUCCCUCUUCCUCCUCUGUACACCUUUUCAGUUUCUAACUUUGCUUUCUUUGUUUUCUUCUCUCACCUGCAACAGGAGACUUUUUCUGUCCAUCAUUCUCCACGUCUCUUUACUGCUUUUCUGUCUUUCUUUUCUCCUAACAUCCCUGUGCAGCCCCUUUUAGAGCACCUGUUCAAUGUGGAGCCCUCCGCCCAGUAGCCCUCCAGCCAAUCAGAGCAAAGCUUACUUCUAGAACACAGGGAUGAGUAGUGAUAACAAUGUGUGAGUUAGUCGGUUGCAUGGAUGGCAGCUGCCCUCAGCUGUACCACGACUUUAAAGUUAUCUGAUGUCUCUAGAGUGUAACCACGGUAACACUGUCAUAACUGAGUAUGAGUGGCAGUGGUUUGGCACGGUUUGGUAUGGUUCGAUAACCUCUCGGUGAAAGUGAGACUGCACAUGCUCGUGCACAUUCUUAGCCUUGUUGUGAUUAAUGAAAGCAAGCACAAGAGAAGCUUGGCUCGUUGGCAGAGGCAAACAAAGUUUUGCUCUUUGUCUUAAGAAAGAGGAGAGAUAAUAGAGGCCAAUGACGAUUUGCUUUUAUUUCAUUUGCUAUUUUUUUGUCUGUCUUUGUUUUGCCCAGGUUUCAGAAUGGUACCAUAUGGUGCAGACUCCCUCUGUGUAUGUGUGUGUUUGGUUUUUCGAGCGAUGUUGCGCCAAAGACCGACCUUAAAGGUCCGGUCAGAUACGCCCGAACAUCCUUAACCCAACCCUCAUCCCCAUUCUUUGUCUCCUCCCCCUUCCUGACCUCUAACUCCCCCAGUAGGAGGGAGCAGCAUGACUCGGGGACGCCCCGGAUCGGCCCCCAAGCUGCAUGCACGUUUCUUUUUGUUCUGUUUGUUUCGUUUUUUGUUUUGUUCUCUACUUUUUUGUAAAAUAGAAGACGAGACAAAUUAACGAACAAUUCUCAAAAAAACAUAAACAGAAAAAAAGACUAGACUAUGUGUGUUAGUUCCACAUACUUUUAGGCCAGCUUGUAUGUUGCAUGUUCUUGUACAGUUUGCUCGUACUGAAUAUGAAUACAAACAGAGAAAAGCCAAGCCAUCCCCGCCCCCUAACAGGAGCGGACCAAUAGGGGGGGACAACUCUACCCAGGCCACGCCUAUCACUCUGGGUCUAAAUAUACAUAUUAGGAAGUCUCCGGAAAAAGAAAAAACUCUUUGUUUCCGUUUUUCUUGAACCCUUAAAUAACAGUGCUGUUCUGUAGUACUGAGCAUACUCGAGCCCCUGGCGUAUCUGCGGGUGUAGGUGUCUAAACUGUAGUUUAACACAGUCGGGGCUAGAGACAGAGAUAGAGAAUGUGUGUAUAACAGCUCAAUGUAUAUGAAGUAUCAUUAUGAGUUUGACAGAAAUUAUAAAGAUAUAGAUAUAUGAAUAUAAAAAGAGUGUAUCUGACUGUACACCGGUCACCGACACACACACACACACACACACACACACACACACACACACACACACACACGUACACCUUGUACAUACAAACCAGGAAGAGAGGCUUGAAUUACGUUAAGAACAAACAAAAACGUUGCUGACACACUAACAUUCCUGGUCUCGUAGAAGGGAAUUUGCGUCCUGUGGAUGUGCUCGAGCCGCUGAGCGGCCCUGAGCCACAAGGGGGCGCUAAUAGGCCUUUAUUUUUGUCCUGAUUGCAGAAAACAAGUAGAACCAAUUGGAACAAAGUUGACUUUCUUCUCCUUAAAUCCCCUCACCCCUGUUUACGAUGAUAUUGGUUUGGACUGGACUUCUGAAGCCAAUAAGAAAUCUAAUUUUUGCAGACAUAUUUUGCGGAUGUUUCUGUUGAAACCCUUGGCGGUGUGGCCGACUGCCCUUUCCUUUGUCAGUAUUACUCCAGGAAUACUGAUUGUUUACAGCCCAUGGCUCCCCACUCCCAAACCACAAUUUUAGAUGAAAGACUAAGUAUUCACUGCAACAGUUCUUGUUUGUAUAACAGAUGUGGCUCUACUGAUGUGUAUGUUUUAUAUUCAAGAGUUCAUUUUUAUUAUUUACAAAUAAAAGACUGUGUGGAAGAAGA